UACAACACUGUCCAUCAUGGCUGUCGAACACACAGUCAUGCUCCUGGUGGCAGUUUGUCUCUACCUACCAGGUCUAACCCAUGGAUUUCAACCAUCCUUCUCUGUUGAUGAAACUCAUCGUGACAUUACCAGAAAGGCAGUUCUCAGAAAGACAGCUGAGGUUUGCCGAUACCUUGCCGCCGCUGAUGGAAGAGACUUCAACUUGAAUAUUGAUGACAACCUUUCAGUUCAGGAGGUGCAAAAGGCCUGUUUCUCCUCAUCUACCUCCACCGCUCCGCUCUCUACUGACAUUUUCCAAACUGCCAUUAAUGAGAUCUACGGUAGCAACGAAAAAGUGUAUUUCUCAUUGGUCGAUUUCCCUGAGUUCCAUUUUCACAGUGAGACCUUCCUGGGAGGACGGGACAUCAUCACAAGAGAUAUGUCUGCUGUGAAGGCUAGUGUGAAGUCGGAGAAUUUUGUUGCUGCAAGAGAGGUACUUGGACAAAUUUGUCACAUAAUUCAGGACUUUUACAGCCACAGUAACUGGGUGGAGUUGGGGAAAACCACUCCUUACUCCGCUCUGAUCAGACCAGAUCAACCACUGCAGAACCUAGCAGGUCCAUCUACUCCAACUUGUAAUAGCUGUACAGGAGAUGCCUGUACUGAAAACAUUUUGCCUGAAGUGCUGAAACAGGGGCUCCUGACCUCAGGCUACUUUAGCACAUUCUCUUCUUCAAAGCCUGCUGGUAAAUGUAGCCAUGGUGGUCUACUUGACAAGACAAGAAAAAGGGACCCAGUUGGGGGCAUCAAUAAGGAUUCUUUUACAUCAGAUCAUGGCACGUUGCACAAAAAAGCAGCUAAUCUGGCAGUAGAUGCUACUAUGGAGCUGCUGGAGGACAUCAGACUAGCUGCUGGAGACAGGAACUUCUUGCGGUUGAUGGGCCUCUCUCAGUCCUAUGCACUGUGUUUUGUCAUUGACACUACAGGCAGUAUGGCUGAUGACAUCGAUGCAGCAAAACAAGUUGCCUUUAACAUAAUUGACAGUAAUGCAGGAACGCUACAGGAACCCUCUCAGUACAUACUGGUACCUUUCAAUGACCCAGAAUUUGGACCUGUGAUAAAGACAACUGACAAAAACUACUUCAAAGAGGAAAUCAAAAAGCUCACUGCAUCCGGAGGAGGGGAUGAACCAGAGAUGAGCAUGUCUGGACUGCAACUUGCGCUGACAUCAGCUCCACCUUCCUCUAAAAUCUAUGUUUUCACUGAUGCUUCAGCCAAAGAUUCCCAUCUAAAAAGCACCAACAUUGCCCUUAUAGAGAGAACCAAGACUGAGGUAUCUUUCCUGUUGACAAGCUUUUUUUUCAGUCGGCGGCGCCGCAGUAUUGAUGGUCAAGAUUUUUCACUUCGUGCAGUGAGGCUAUCAAAUGUCCAGCUAUACAGAGACCUGGCCCAAGCUUCUGGAGGUCAGGCUAUUGAAGUCAGGAAGUCAGAUCUUUCCUUGGCCACUACUGUUAUAAAAGAUUCAUCAGCUGGUGCUGUGGUGACAGUUUUCCAGGUAGUAAUGGAUCCGGGGCGACCUGAUAAUUUUAAUUUUACUGUUGAUUCAUCAGUAAGCAACGUCAUCAUUUACAUCACCGGAGUUUCAUCUCUCACUUUCACACUCACCAGCUCAGCAGGAGUGUCUCAGGAGUCAAGUCAGACCAUUGGUUCUCUGGCAUCCUUAACAACAGUGGGAAACCUACGCACAAUAAGGCUCAAUGCUGGAAAUCAAACGGGUUUUUGGCAAAUCCACAUCAACUCUAACAGUCCCUACUCUAUUAAAGUCACAGGUCAAAGUUCAGUGAACUUCAUCUAUAACCUUGUUGAAUUACAAAAGGAAGGUGGCAUCAGACCCAAGGAAGGCCGUGCUGCUACAGGUGGUAAUGUCACUCUCCUGGUCACUGUGACAGGAAGUGAUACAGUAACAGUCACAAAGCUCACGCUCUUCGACAGUUCAGGGCCAAAGGAGUUGAUUGGAUCAAUACAGUCAUUAGAAAACAGCAACUUUCUGGUAACAUUCACUGAAGUCCCAGUAGGAGACUAUGUAGUUCGACUGCAAGGUGAGGACACCAGCACCACAUCCCGGUCUACCUCAGAUACCUUCCAGAGACAAGCCUCCACCCGCAUCACAACAGCUAGUCUCUCUGUUGCUGCACAAGCUGACAGUAUCAACAUAGAACCAGGCACUAGCAUCACCAUUCCUUUUACAGUGUCUUCGGAUGUAACUGGGACAUUCACAGUGCAAGUCAGUAAUGACCGCAGCUUUGACUUCACCUCACCUGGAAAUCUCAAUAUUGGUCCAAGCGAUGGAGGCAAAGCCAAUGGGACAAUAAGCUUAAGUUUUCCAGCCAGCACUAAAUCAGGAACAGACGUGACCCUCACCAUUCAGGCACAAAACGCUGCUGCCACUGACAUCAACUAUGCUGUCCUCCGAUUUUCUGUGGCUGCCAAGGCCACAGAUUUGUCCGGUCCAGUGUGCCAGGUAGUUAAUAUAUCAGGUAUCUGUAAUGUCUCUUCCAUCCUCUGUGCAUCAUCUCAAUGGGAGUUCAUUGCUAAUCUCACUGACGGCAUCAAUGGGACUGGCAUCGCAAGCAUCACCCUCCGCGAAGGGAAUGGUACCCUUGAUACUAGCACAGCGGUUGGAGCAGGGGGUGAGAAUAUCACACUGGUGACCUACACUGCCUCCUGCUGUUCACAGAAUGUGGUUCUAGCUGCUGUGGACAGGGCAGGAAACGUGGGGACAUGUAUGGGGCAAGCUAGAGUACUUGCCACGCCUGCUCCUAUAACUACAACUACCCCAGUACCUGCAACUACUUCUCUGACUACAACUACACCAGUACCUACAACUAUCCCAGUACCUACAACUGCUUCUCUGACUACAACUACACCAGUACCUACAACUAUCCCAGUACUUACAACUGCUUCUCUGACUACAACUACACCAGUACCUACAACUACCUCUCUGACUACAACUACACCAGUACCUACAACUACUCCUGUCCCUACAACCACUGCAGUGACUCCCUCGGUGACUACUGCUGCAGCUAACAGAGCAUCCACUAGAGGUCAUACAAUGAGUGUAACACAUUAUGUCUGGAUCAGCAUUGCUUUUUCACUGCUUUUUAAGUAAGGUAUAUAAACAGAAAUUUAACUAGAACUGAAUCAAAAUCUGUUUUAGAAAAGUAAUACUUUUAACUCUUUUUAAAAUAUGAGCCAUUGCAUUUUUGUAAAGGUGUAAUUGAGCAUCUCAUUUUUUUAUUUUUUUAUUUUUUUGGGUGAAAAUGGGAACAUGGUAUAAUAACGUACAUUUUGUUUAUUUGUUUUAUCAUUGCCUGCUAAAAAAGAUCCAAGUAAACAUAUAUAUUGAAUUCACUGCAUAAAUCAACAUUAAUACCCUCUCUUACAAAGUUAUAGUUAAUCUUUUCAUAGAUGAAAUUGUAAAGUAUUUGAUUCAUUUUAACCUGUGCACAUAAAGUAGCAAUUUCUUAGUUUCCAAAGCUGCAUUUCAUUCCCCAGUAUAAUGUAAUAAGCAACUACUAUCUGCUAAGGGAAUGAUGAUUUAGACAACUUUUAGAAACAAAACUCCAUUUGGAACAUCCUGAGAUGCCACCAGUCCAGACAUCACUUUCGAAUGAGACAGCUUGGAUGCCUUUUGAUGCUACUGUGGAAGAUUUACAACAGGCUAUUAAUAUAUGAUUUAUAUUUAAGAAUUUUGUCAGAAUCACAAAACAGUUUUAAUGUGUUUAAGCAAUAAAUAAAUGUGAUUUCAUCAGUUUA